GAGGCGAGAGGAUGAGGGAGGAGGAGCGGGAGGAUGGGGCGGCGCUGCUGGACGUCGACGAGUCGUCCAGGGCGGCGGAGGAGGUGCUGGGGGCGGAGCCGGUGCCGCUGCGGGCGGUGUCGCGGCUGGCUGCCUGGGAGUCGAGGAACCUGUGGCGGCUCUCGUGGGCGUCCAUCUUGGUGCAGCUCUUCAACUUCAUGCUCAGCCUCGUCACGCAGAUGUUCGUGGGCCACCUCGGCAAGCUCGACCUCGCCGGUGCCUCCAUCACCAACGUCGGGAUCCAGGGUCUCGCUUAUGGGAUCAUGCUCGGGAUGGCGAGUGCGGUGCAGACGGUGUGUGGCCAAGCCUACGGAGCCAAGAAGUACAGAGCCUUGGGCAUCAUCUGCCAAAGGGCCCUCAUUCUCCACUUCGCCGCAGCCAUCAUUCUUGCCUUCCUCUACUGGUACUCGGGCUCGCUCCUCCGGGCGAUCGGGCAGUCGGAGUCGAUCGCGGCGGUGGGGCAGUUGUACGCGCGCGGCCUGCUGCCGCAGCUCGUAGCCUUCGCGCUCUACUGCCCCAUGCAGAGGUUCCUGCAGGCGCAGAACAUCGUGAACCCCAUGGCCUACAUCGCCGUCGCGGUGCUGCUGUUUCACGUCCUCAUCUCUUGGUUGGCCGUCUUCGUGUUCCGAUUCGGAAUCCUGGGGGCUGCCCUCACCUUGAGCUUCUCCUGGUGGGUGCUCGUGCUGAUCACAUGGCUCUUCAUCAUCUUCAAUCCUGCUUGUAAGGACACUUGGACCGGAUUCUCUUCCCAGGCUUUUAAAGGCCUUUGGUCCUAUCUCAAACUCACUGUCGCCUCAGCCAUCAUGCUAGUCUUGGAGAUUUGGUAUGUACAAGGAUUUGUCCUUCUGACAGGAUACCUGAAAAAUCCAGAAGUGUCACUUGAUGCAGUUUCUAUAUGUGUCAACUACUGGAACUGGGACUUCAUGAUCAUGCUGGGAUUGAGCAACGCAGCCAGCGUUCGAGUUGGCAACGAGCUGGGCGCUGCCCACCCGAGGGUGGCGAGGCUCGCCGUCAUCGUCGUCGUCGCGACGAGCCUCGGCAUCAGCGUGGUGAUCAGUGUGCUGGUCCUCCUGCUCCGCACUCCCUUGAGCAAGCUCUACACCAGCAGCACCGAUGUGAUCCAAAUGGUGGUUCAGUUGACCCCAUUGCUUGCAAUCUCUAUUUUCUUGAAUGGUGUUCAACCGAUCCUCUCAGGAGUUGCUAUCGGGAGUGGGUGGCAAGGCAUCGUUGCAUACGUGAACGUCGGGGCUUACUACUUCAUCGGCCUCCCCAUCGGAUGCGUUCUCGGGUUCAAAACAAGCUUAGGAGCAGCUGGAAUAUGGUGGGGGCUGAUAAUUGGAGUCUUUGUGCAGACACUGGCACUCGUAGUCUUGACAGCCAGGACAAACUGGAACAAGGAGGUAGACAAGGCUGUGGAACGCUUGAAGCAUAAUGCAGAUGACGAAGUUCUUGCAAUAACUAACAUAUAAUGGUCAGUCUCGAGUGUUUGUUUUGGUCCAUGAGAUGACGACUUCUUUGCAUGUAGCAGAGGAAUCCCGAGUUCUGUAGUAAGAGAUUGGUAGUCUAUUAAUCGGGUAGCCGAUCGAUAGAACAUUUGAAUGAGAUGAGAUGAGAUAACAUACCUAGGACAGUCUUGGUCAUCCAAAAACUCAUCGAAGAGUCAUUGUUUCCUUCAAUAAAUGGGGCACAGAACUGGACUGGCAUUGUUUAGCCAGCAAUUAGAA